CCGCUGCACGUGCCUGUGGAGAGAUGCCCAAGUCCAAGCGCGACAAGAAAGUUUCCUUAACCAAAACUGCAAAGAAAGGCUUGGAACUGAAACAGAACCUGAUAGAAGAGCUUCGGAAAUGUGUGGACACGUACAAGUACCUGUUCAUCUUCUCCGUGGCCAACAUGAGGAACAGCAAAUUGAAGGACAUUCAGAACGCCUGGAAGCACAGCCGGAUGUUCUUUGGCAAAAACGAAGUGAUGAUGGUGGCCUUAGGUCGAAGCCCAGCCGAUGAGUACAAAGACAACCUACAUCAGGUCAGCAAGAAGUUGAGGGGUGAAGUUGGUCUCCUUUUCACCAAUCGCACUAAGGAGGAAGUGAAUGAAUGGUUCACGAAAUUUGCGGAAAUGGACUAUGCCCGAGCUGGAAACAAAGCAACGUUCACCGUGAACCUGGACCCGGGGCCCCUGGAGCAGUUCCCGCACUCCAUGGAGCCACAGCUGAGGCAGCUCGGCCUGCCCACCGCCCUCAGGAAGGGUGUAGUGACCCUGCUGUCCGACUAUGAGGUGUGCAAGGAGGGCGAUGUGUGGACCCCAGAGCAGGCCCGCGUCCUGAAGCUUUUCGGGUAUGAGAUGGCUGAAUUCAAGGUGACCAUCAAAUACAUGUGGGAUGCACAGUCCGGAAGGUUCCAACAGAUGGGAGAUGACUUGCCAGAGAGCGCGUCCGAGUCAGCAGAAGAAUCAGAGGAAGAUGACGACUGCUGACGGGCACGUGGGACUGAGGGCCUCCCGGCCGUGCCAGGUGUCAUCUUGACCACACUGGACUGGCGCCGCCCCUCUUGGGAGAGCAGCUGUUUGUUUUGCUGUGAUGAAGACGAGAGGGCGAUAGGGACAGACUGUUUCCCUACAAAGAGUAACUGUCUGCAGGGUGUCUCCCUGUAGAUGGCAAAGGAACUUUUCUCAGAAAAA